AUGAGUCUGAAGUUGUGCCAUAGAGGGCACUCAAUGUGCAACUGUCUACAUCGCAGAACCUCCUCAGUCGAGCUCACCAGUUUGCAAUGCUGCAAGAGGACGAGCACCUCGCAGUAUCGGCGGCACACCUCAAGUGCCGCAGCUGCACCAGCUAGACAAGUUCAGGAAUAUGUCCAGCGAGGCAGUCAUUCUGGAGCAACAGGUCCUCUAGGUCUACAGGCACAACAAAAACAAGCGGAUCGAGAAUUCUUCGCAGAUGUCCUCAGCAGUGCUGCCACAAAACGAGAUGCUAAAGCAUACUUGAACCGUCUGAAGAGCCCAGCUAAGACCAAAUCUAUACCCUCGAAGUCCAGGCCCUCGAAGCCGGGAAGUUACGUCAAUGUAGGCAAUCUCUUUCGAGGCAGCCGAGCUGCUGAGAUGAGUCCCGUCUUCUCUCAGAGUCCUACAGUAGAAAUGGAAUUUCAAGAAACAGAAACGUUGCACGUUGCUUUGGUCAAGAUUAAAGAUUUGACGAAUCUGGCACAAGAGAUGCUUGACGGUAUUGCAGAGACUCUGAAUCAGCUGAACAGGCUUAGUAUUAGUCCAUGUGUGGUCAUUGAGCCAUCGACGCAAGACCGUAAACAGCUCAGUGAGGGAAUUGACAGAUUAGUGAAUGUAAUCAACAAGUCCGGCGAUAUCGCAAGACCAGUGGACAACCUCUUCAGCACUCGCAACACUGGGCAGCUAAGGAUUACAAAUAGCAACUUACUGUUCAGGCCACUAAGAAAGAGCAAGAUACCAGUGAUAGGAAAUGUGGCGUAUAAUGAAGACGAGCAGAGUAUGUGCUUGGUUACGGCCAACAGCGCCGUAUUAGCUUUGAUCAAAGAGCUUGCUGGUUUGAACGUCAAACCUCCAGUGGACGAAGACAAUCUAGCAGACACCUCUACCACUAGAGACGUCCAGAAACAGGUCUCACUUGACAGGAUAAUCACGAUUGACUCAGCAGGAGGCAUUCCGAAUACGAAAGCUGCAGACGGCAGACACGUCUUCCUUAACCUCGACCAAGAGUACGAAGUUGUACGAUCUAGUCUGCAGGCAAAAGGCGAUACUGCAUCAGCUAUAUUACAUUCUUCAAAUCUCGACCUCCUCAAGCAGGCCCUCGACCUCCUCCCUCAUUCUUCUUCUGGCCUCAUGACAACCUAUGAGGAGGCUGCAAAUUCCAAUAAAGCAUCUCAGAGCCGCUCCGCAUCUAACGUGGGCACACGACGAUCAAAAAAUGCACUAAUACACAAUCUUCUGACCGAUAAGCCCGCGUAUUCCUCUUCUCUGCCUCUGGGCCGUCUUGCGAAGAACAGCUUAGCCGCAGCCGAACCGUCAGUGUCACAUUCGAGCUUUAUCAAACGUGGAAUGCCACUUACCAUCUUUCCCAACCCAUUCGAAACACCCUGGACUCCUACAGCACCACGGCUCAAACUGACCGACCCGCGAAUCGACCUCCCACGUUUAGUGCAUCUGAUCGAGGACAGCUUCAACCGCAAGCUCGACGUCGGACACUAUCUUAAUCGCGUCAACAACCGCAUCGCAGGUGUCGUCAUAGCAGGCGAAUACGAAGGCGGCGCAAUCCUUACCUGGGAAACACCAUCCGGCACAUCAAACACCCAACCUGUCCCCUACCUCGACAAAUUCGCCGUCCUAAAACGUUCACAAGGCGCCGGUGGCGUAGCAGAUAUCGUCUUCAACGGCAUGGUGCGUUCCUGCUUCCCCAAUGGUGUAUGCUGGAGGUCUCGAAAGGACAACCCCGUGAAUAAGUGGUAUUUCGAACGCAGUCGGGGGACGUGGAAGUUACCUGGGCAGAAUUGGACGAUGUUUUGGACGACGCCUGGUGUGGAGAGGGGAGGUGAGGUGUUUAAGGGGUAUGAAAGUGUGUGCAGGGGUGUGAUGCCUAGUUGGGCUGAUAGUAAGAAGCCUGCUGAUUGA